UCCCUCGUAGGCGGGAAAAAAAACCAGGCACACCAAAAAUAGGGCUUUUCAAAUUUUCAAACAUCAACUGUUGACUCCGUCCCUCUCUCCAAAAAACGAAAAUGGAGAGAAUCCACGUCGCCGUCAGAGCAAGACCAUUAUCAGCAGAAGACGCAAAAUCUACUCCAUGGAGAAUCUCCGGAAGCUCCAUUUUCAUCCCUAAUUACUCCAAUAAAUUCGAAUUCGAUCGUGUUUUUGGUGAAGCGUGUAAGACUGAAGAGGUUUAUAGAUCCAAAACUAAAGAAAUCGUUACUGCUGCCGUUCGUGGAUUCAACGGGACUGUAUUUGCUUAUGGACAAACUAACAGUGGAAAGACGCAUACAAUGAGAGGGACAUCUAAUGAGCCUGGCGUGAUUCCUCUUGCUGUGCAUGAUUUGUUUCAUAUAAUACAACAGGAUGUGGACCGGGAGUUUCUGUUGAGAAUGUCUUACAUGGAGAUAUAUAAUGAAGAUAUUAAUGACUUAUUGGCUCCCGAACAUCGAAAGUUGCAAAUUCAUGAAAGUACAGAGAGAGGAAUAUAUGUAGCUGGAUUGCGUGAAGAAAUAGUUGCCUCUCCCCAACAAGUUCUCGACCUUAUGCAGUUUGGAGAAUCUCACAGGCACAUUGGAGAGACAAACAUGAACUUGUAUAGUAGCAGGUCCCACACUAUUUUCCGUAUGAUUAUUGAGAGUAGAGAUAGGACUGGGGAUGAGGAUAGUAGCAACUCAUGUGAUGCUGUACGUGUAUCGGUUUUGAAUUUGGUGGACCUUGCUGGUUCUGAACGGGCGGCAAAAACUGGAGCAGAAGGUGUUCGGCUCAAAGAGGGUUCACACAUAAAUAAAAGCUUAAUGACACUUGGCACUGUCAUUAAGAAAUUGAGUGAGGGUGCAGAAAGCCAAGGGGGUCAUGUUCCAUAUAGAGAUAGCAAACUCACACGCAUUUUGCAGCCCGCUUUGGGUGGAAAUGCAAAUACAGCUAUAAUAUGCAACAUAACUCUUGCACAGAUUCAUGCAGACGAGACAAAGAGUAGUCUACUGUUUGCAAGCAGAGCGUUGCGUGUCACGAAUUGUGCACAUGUGAAUGAGGUGGAUCCCAAUAUCCAGCCAAGGGCUUCUGCUAUAAAACCAAUGAAAGAUAGAAGUGAUAUGGGACCACUUUUACCCUUUCAAGAAUUGGUCAGCGAGAUUGAAGUUGGGGAUGACGUCAAUAUGCAAAGUGAAGAUUGUAAAAAUAAUGCAUCAGAAGACUGCACCCUUCCUGAUCCAUGUUCUUUAUUGCAUGUGACAAAUAGGAGAAAGGCGCCACCUAGGAAGAAAGGCUCAACUGCGGAGGACCAUGAAUGGGCAGAAAUACAAGUGGAAUAUGAGGACUUGCUUCAGAAACUUGAAACUCAGAGAACUACGAGUGAGAUACAGAUUGAUUGUUUAAGAAGACAGCUUGGUGAGACUAAUUUCAUUCAAUGUGUGAAAUGUAGUAAUUGUCUUACUUCUGAUGGCAAUACAAGUACCAAUAAUUUGGACAAAAACGUAAGUCUAAGGGAGUCAGAGGCCAUUAUUGUGAUCAAACAACUUCAAGAUAAGAUUAAAAUGUUAGAAAUGGAGAAGUCCUCUAGUCAGCAAAAUCUAGACAGUGUUGUUGAGCUAGCAACAGAGCAAAGUAUAUGUGCUAGGGAGACGUUUGAAGAGCUCCAUGAAGAGCUCCAAAAUGCACGAGAGGAGACGAGGAUUGCUCAUGAACAACUUAACAUUAUUGAUGUUUCAUUGGAGAUUGAAGACAUCAUGUCUGAAGUUAAGAACUCCAAAGAAGUUGUUGAAAGCUGUUCCUCUCUUUUGGAUGAAGUUUUCCAGAGUUUUUCUUCUAUAUCUAAUGCAAUAAGUGAUUUCAAGGCUUUGAUCUGCCAGAGCUCUCAUGAACAAGGAUUAAUCAUUAGUAGUCAUGAGAAGUUAUACCAUUGCAUGAAGCAAAAAGUUGAUGAAGUGGAGAAUGAAAAGCUCCUUUUACACAAAGAAUCUACGGGUCUUCAGAAACAGAUACAAGAACUGAGACACAAUACUCAAAAUUAUGAAGAGUCUUUGAGAGCUCUUACAGAACAUCAGAAUUUUGAAAAGGAGGAAUUUCUUUCUCAAAUUCAAAAUCUUCAAAAGGAAUUAUCAUGUUUAUCUUCUUGUUUCUUGGCAAAAGAAAAGGAUAAUUUGAGAAAAGAUCUUGAGAAAACAAAAGUGAAAUUGAAAGAGACUGAAUCCAAGCUCAAGAAUGCUGUUCAAGAGAAAACCAAACUUGAGGGUCAAAAAACAUUUGCUGAAAGGGAGGUAAAACGAUUGCAUGGUCAGAAGACUCUUCUUGAGCGUGACAUUAGCAAACGUGACUCCCUGGCUGGUAGAAGACGUGAUUCAAUGGUUGACAGGAGUUCAAAGAUGUUUGAUCCAAAAAAGUCAAAGGGUCUUGCAGCUUCUUUUGAAGAGACAAUGGAGGAAGAUUACAGAAAGUUGGAAGUUCUUGCAUUUGAAAUGGAAGCAACUAUUGCUUCUUUGGAAGAGGAAGUAACUGCUGCACACAAGGAAAAGGAAGAGGCUAUAUCAAGAAAUGAAAGUUUGGCUUCAGAGUUGGAGGCCCUGACAGAAAAGCUUAACAUAUCAAAUGCUGAAGUGAAUGUGUUGCAGGAAGAUGCUUCACGCCUUAGACUAAGGUUGGAAGAAUCCACUUUGGACCAGCAAAAAUUGGAAAAUUCUAUAAGAUUGUUAGCAGAACAAAAGGAAGAGUUGGCAAUGCAACUUAGUGAUUCCCUUUUGGAAAUGGAGGAGGAAAAGACAAUAUGGUUUUCCAAGGAGAAAGCUUCCAUUGAAGUCAUAGAAGAAAAAGGUGCAGAGAUUACAGCAAUGACCAAAGCAAUGUCAGAGGUCAGAAACGAAUUAGAGUCCUGUAGGGAAGAAUGCAAGGUCCUCACAGAAAAACUUGCAUGUUCUGAGGAAAAUGCCGAGCGGGAGAAGAAAUCAAGUGCAGAGAAGUCUCUAGAGAUUGAUCAACUGAAAAAUCAUCUGAUGAGGGCUGAUAUUGAGAGCAAACAAUCUCAAGAGACGUUGAAAUCAAAUCUGGACACUCUCUCCUUGGAACUUGAUUGUGCUCGCGGGAAAGUGAAUACACUUGAGAAGGAAAUGAUUAUUCUGAGCAAGGAGCGAGAUGAUCUAUUUACUCAAAUUAGAGGGUUGGAUAGAAGAUUAGAACCAGAAAAUGACUUCCAGUGUCUUCAAAACCAACUACUCAGUAUAACAAGUGAAAGGGACAAGUGGAUUAGACAUUGUGAUGACAUGUUACUGGAGUCUAAAGUUCAAGUUGAGGAACUUAAUGGGAGAAUCUCUAGCAUGGAGGCCAAAAUGAAGAAUGAAGAAGCUAUGAACAACAAGGAAAGGGCAAAAUUUAGAAUGAGGCUUCGAGGGACACAAGCAAAGUCAGAUGCCUUCCAUUUUAGAUACAAGGAAGCAGUAAAUGAGUUGGCAUUCAUGAACAGAAACUACGAGGUGGCUUCAAAGAAGCUGAAGAACCAGUUGGCUUCCUAUGGAAUUGAGAUCCUCAACCUCAAGAAGCAAAUCGCUGCCUUAACCGGGCAAAGAACUGAUCAUUAAACAACAGUAGUUGGUUUUUUUUUUUAAUCAUUUUUCGCAUCUCAACCAUUUUUUACAUGUUAGCUAAUUAUUUAUCCAGGAUACAGCACAGCAGCUUACCAUUGUCAAUAUGUACAUUAACAUGCUAUUUCUCUAAUGAAAAUGGAGUAGAAAAUUCACGAGUA